UUUGAAUACGUCUGGUCGUGGUCACAGUUUCAAAUUACUUGUGAUUCGAAGGACUGCAUGGACACAAUGGAUGGACCAUACGAAUAGGAAUUUCACCAUCUGAAAACACUGAUCGGUAGUAUUCGUAUGCUUUUUGUGCACAUAUUACCGAGGAAAUAUGUGAUUUGAAGAUGAAUUUCUUUCAUAUGAUAUUAUUUUGCAAAGACUUGGAAUAGCUGUAUUUACACAUUGUCUGUUAGUUUUUUCUAGUCGGGGUCAACAUGCCUCCCACGACACCGUAUGCUGGCAAGUUCAGUACCAGCACUUAUAACAACAAUAUUCAUCUCCACAAAUACCACCAGCCCAUGGAAGUGAGCUACGGGGACAUGUGCUACCAUGACAACAGUCUUGCUUCUGGCUCCCUGGAGGCCCUAAUACAACAUUUAGUUCCCACAGUGGACUACUACCCUGACAGGUCCUACGUCUUCACCUUCCUGCUGAGUUCCCGUCUCUUCCUCCACCCCUACGAGCUCAUGUCUCGGCUUUGUCACCUGUGUGUGGAGCAGCAUCGAUCUGGAGACUUGCUCUCAGAUCAGACAAACGGGACAAACCUGCUCCAAACAAACACACAGCUGCUGACUGAGUGGACAGAGACGUUUCCCUAUGACUUCAGAGAUGAGAGGAUGAUGCACUGCCUGAAAGAGAUGAGCCAUCAUCUGGCCAGAGGAGAUGAGUACUCAUGGCGGGCCAUGCAGCAGAUGACUCAGCGGUUGAUCCAGAGAUUGGCGGCUCUGCGUCAGUAUGAGGAGGCGAUUGCCACGCUCAACGCCUCCGCAGCAGAGAGACCCACCGCUCUGAAGGCCAAGCAGCAGAACGGACAUCGGAAUGAUGUCCUUAGUGUCUGUGAUGAUGCCUUUAUACUAGCCCAGCAGCUCACACACAUUGAACUGGACAGACUGAGUUUUAUUGGACCAGAGGAGUUCAUCCAAGCCUUUGGUGUGAAAGAUCCCCUGGUUAACCAUAAGAGUUUCUUCCAAAAACGCAAGACUACUAACCUGGAGGCCUAUGUAGCUUGGUUUAACAGACUCAGCUACCUGGUGGCUACUGAAAUUUGCAUGCCUGUAAAGAAGAAGCAUAGAGCCCGGGCCUUGGAGUUCUUCAUAGAUGUGGCUAGAGAAUGCUAUAACAUCGGCAACUUCAACUCACUCAUGGCCAUCAUCAGCGGAAUGAACAUGAGUCCUGUGUCCCGACUGAAGAAGACCUGGAGCAAAGUCAACACAGACAAAUUUGACAUACUGGAGCACCAAAUGGACCCUUCCAGUAACUUCAGCAACUACCGUACUGCCCUGCGAGGAGCCACCCAGAGGUCUAUUACAGCACACAGCAACCAGGAGAAAAUAGUCAUUCCAUUCUUCAGCCUUCUCAUCAAGGACAUCUACUUCCUCAAUGAGGGAUGUGCCAGCCGACUACCCAACGGUCAUGUGAACUUUGAGAAACUGUGGGACCUGGCGAAGCAGGUCAGUGAGUUCCUGGUGUGGCGUCAGGUGAUGUGUCCCUUUGAGAGAGACAGGAAGAUCCUCCAAUACCUGGUCACUACACCUGUCUUUACCGAGGAUGAGCUCCACUUGGCCUCCUAUGAGACCGAAGGUCCAGAGAACCACCUGGAAAAGGACAGUCGGAGGUCUCUCAGGACAUCCCUACUGCAUAGAGAGCAUCGUUGAGUGACGGUCAUGAGUGUGACACUGGGCGAUCCUCUUUUGCUACGAGAGGCUCACGGUUGAUAGAGUCUGGAAGAUUAAGAUUUUCACAAAGGAUGGGGAGAAUAACUGUUUCAAGCACUCAGAUUAAUGAUGCCUCCUAUGGCUGGAGAACUGAAAAGCCUGCCUCUCGCACUGUACAUUAACAGAUGAUUCAUUUGUAACAUGUCUACCCACACAGUAUUACAGUUCUUUUACAGAUGAUUCAUUUGUAACAUGUCUACCCACACAGUAUGACAGUUAUUUUACAGAUGAUUCAUUUGUAACAUGUCUACCCACACAGUAUGACAGUUAUUUUACAGAUGAUUCAUUUGUAACAUGUCUA